AUGGUCAUCCCGGUCAUCGCAACGCCCAUCCUGGCUAUUAACGGCCGGUGCGAUGCGAGAUCCCAAUGGGGUUCGCGCCCGGACUGCAUAUGCAUCGAUCACAACGUGUGCACAAACAAAUACCGCGGAUAUGCUGUCCAGGGCAGCCCGGGGAACUGGCCAUGUCCCAGGGACGGAGCCAAUGUCUGGGGCUGCAUGGUCGGCCGGCCUUGCGUGACGAGGGAUUCUUACUGUGGGUGGAGGAGUGUGUGCACUGGCACAGGGCCAUAUGCAGGGAGGAUCAGCAGCUUCCGACCUGCGCUUCUAAUUGAUUGUGAGCCGAUCGGGUGUAAAACACUCUGUUUCAUCUGCCGCCAGUGGUCUUCGGCAAGGCGCGGUUUCAAAGAGCAUUAUCACUAUCACUUCGACAACCCAGAGGCCCUAAACUCUCUGUCGCUCGGUCAAAUGAUGAAUGAGACACUAUAUAGCAGCCUCGACAACAGUGGGCAGAUUGCUUGCAGAGGUCCCCCAUUGCCAUCUAACUUCAGUCGGUUCGGGGGCUUCAGUGUCGAUAAUGAGAACUUUCACUUCAUUCCGAUGCCCAGAGAAUGCACCGGCUUCAAAAAAGAAAUGAAGCACGGCCAGCAGAACUUGCCACAUGCAGAGAAUGACCGCGCCAAAAUCGCGGUCCUGAUUUCUGCAUCUUCACCACCAAAGAUUUUAAAUGGAAUUUCGCAGACAUCCAUCAGCCGUCGAUGCUCAAUGGGGGUGUAUCAAACGUCGAGAGCGGAGACUCAUCACAGCGGGCCGGACGAAGGAAUACCCAGCUCAGUAUGUGCGACGCCAAAUCACUCGGUCUCACCCGACAGCUGCUUUGAAGGCCACUGUGGCCAGAGCAUAGAUGAAUCCUGCUGUUCUUCCCCAGCCAACAUCAUCAUAAUGGGCGUGUCUUGA